GCAUGUAAGUAUGGGUGCCACAUUACUCGGUAGCCCAGACAUUCACUUUGCCUUCGCUUUAGCCUCUGUGCUGGAACUUGCAAGGGACGUCGAGGAGGGUGCACGGUGUACUUAGCUCGCCGCCCGGAGACCACCGGCGUUCGCGCGCGACAGUGGGCACGGAGAUGGCGUCCAGGUGCUUCUUCCCCAGGGAGGCCGCCGCGGGAGGCCACCGGAGCUCCAAGGCGGCGGCGGAGGCGCUCGAGCAGCUCCACCACGGCGGCCGCGUCCUGUCCCGGGAGGACGUCGGCGGCGCGGUGCGCGUCAAGAUCGUCGUCAGCAAGCGCGAGCUGAAGCAGAUGGUAGCGGCGCUCGGCGACGGCGCCGCGGGCCCCGCGGCGGCCGCCGGCGAGCGGCACCGGCAGCGCGCGGCGGGGGGCGCAGGCGCGGGGGGGCCGGGAGCCGAGCAGAGGCUGCAGUCGCUGCGGCGGCGCAGCAUGCGGAGGGCCGCCGAGGCAGCGCGGCGGAUGCAGGGGGACGGGGAGUGGGAGCCCGGCCUGCAGAGCAUCCCCGAGGAGGUUUACUAAUGACCGACCAUUAACCAGUAGAUGGCGUCGUUAAUGGUCGGUUAAUAGCAAGACUAAUUAAGGUUGGGUUUUGAUCACUGCCUUGCUAAGUGCUAGAUGUAUGUGUACAGCGCUCUUUUGUUCCGGACCCUGGUGAUCGAGGGUUCAAUGGCCGGUUAAUCCUCCAUGAGUUUGUGCAUUUUGCCCUCUAUUUUUUUUUGAGAUGAAGAAAAAUGGAGGAAAAAGACGUGUUUGGAUUACA